UGUUCGGUCCUCCUGAUGUUUCCCAGCAUGCUCGGCUCCCGCGGCCGAGCAUACCUGAUGCUGUUCAUCCUGUCAGUGCUCUACAGAGGGCCCGUCUCCAACAUCCAGCGUAACGUGGAGGCGGCGGCGCUGAGUCUGAGCUGCAACCUGGACCUGCAGGUCCAACACAGCCGCUUGUUGUGGAGGGAGGCGGUGAAGCCCUUUGUCCUCAUCACGCAGCAGCUGGUGGACGGGGAGGCGGCCUUCCGGUCGGAGGCUGAGAGCAGCAGCAGCAGCUUCCAGAACAUCCGGGACGAGGUCGUCCACCAGUUCGGUUACGACCGGUUCGGCCCGGAGGCCGGCGGCAGCACCCAGGACCAGUUCACCGCCAAGACCAUCAUGCAGUGCGACAGUGUGGUGGAUGAGGGUGUGCAGCGCUGUGCUGAUUGGUUCAGCCAGAAGUGGGCGGAGUGUAUGACGGCGAUCCCCGUCCCCGUCAUCAACCACAUCCUGUGCGUCUCCAUGAAGUUCCACUUCCUGUGUGACAUCAUGAGAGUGAUGACCCCGUGGUGCAGGGAGCAGAUCCCCGUGGAGGGGAACUUCGGCCAGCUGUUCGACCGCCUCAACCUGUCAGUGGACCUUCUGUCCCGAGAGUUCAGCACCUCCCUCGUCCUGCAGGAGGAGCAGCAGCAGUCGGUGCUGGGUGGAGCUGUGCUGGAGGAGGAGUUCACUCAGGCGGUCCGAGGCUCCUUCCUGAAGCUCACGGCCGCCAUGGAGGAGGUGCUGCGCCUCCUGCAGCUCCUCCUCUCCUUCAGCUUCAUCACCAUCUUCACUCAAGGGUUCAGGUACCUCCUCCAGUACAGGAGGGACAUUCUAUUCGACAACCUCUACAUCACCACCUACUUCAGACAGAUUGAUGCCCGCAGGAGGAGAGCGGGGCAGCGCUGUAUUCUACCUCUGAGGCGGUCAGAGAAGAAGAACUUGAUCGACCCGUGGAGCCUGAAGGUCCACGAGGAGGAGAGAGGAGGCCUGAGCUCAGGUGUGCUGCAGCUGCUCAGCGUCUCUCUGCUCUCGCUGCUCCUCGUCUUUGUGGACGUCUCUCUGGUCCACGUCCUGGACAUCGUCAGCACACACACCUUCACCCAGUUCAACCUGACCAGUAGUCACAAGGUGGACAUCAGAGUGGGCGGAGCCUCCAUGAUGGCCCGCCUCCUGAGGAAGACGGUGUCGGCCUUCAACAGCUCGUCCAUCCUCAGCGUCCAGACGGACAACAAGGGGUUAUUUGAGUCACCUCCUGAAGCCGUGUGUUCGAUUCCCUCCUGCAGCGGCAUCAUCGCCUUCAACGCCUCCCUGAGCCUGGAGCUGCAACCCCAGGAGGACCAGCAGGGGGGGGAGGGGGGGGCAGGAGGAGUGCACCUGCUGUUCUCCUCCAGCCCUCUAGAGGGCGACAGCGCCCGAGGCUGUGGGGUCUCUCCCACCGUGCCCCCCCUCCGCAGCUCCGCCCACACACAGCGGAGGAGGCGGGACAUCCUGUCUGAGACCAAGCACAUCGAGCUGGUGCUGGUGGCCGACCACCAGGAGUUCCUGAACUACCAGAGGAACAACAGGACGCUGGUGUACCGGCUGCUGGACGUGGCCAAUCAGGUGGACUGGUUCUACCGGCCGCUGAACGUCCGCGUGGCGCUGACCGGUCUGGAGAUCUGGACCGACCGGGACAAGAUCCGCGUGGAGAAGAGUCCCACGGAGACCCUGAACCACUUCCUGGAGUGGAGGACCAGAGAGCUGCUGCCCCGCCUCCAGCACGACAACGCCCAGCUCGUCAUGGGCGGCUCCUUCGACGGCACCACGGUGGGGAUGGCCUCCCAGUCCUCCAUGUGCUCCAGAGACCGAUCUGGGGGGGUCAACGUGGACCACCUGGUCAGCGUGCUGGGCGUGGCCUCCACCGUUGCUCAUGAGCUGGGUCAUAACUUGGGGAUGAGUCACGACACGGCCGAGCGCCGCUGCUCCUGUCAGAACGAACGGCGGCUCGGAGGAUGCAUCAUGGAGCCUUCAACCGGCUUCCUGCCCGGCCAGCUGUUCAGCAGCUGCAGCGCUGCAGACCUGUCGGCCAGCCUGCUGCAGGGCGGCGGCAUGUGUCUGUUCAACGUGCCGCAGCCGGACCUCCUGCUGGGGGGGCCGCGCUGCGGGAACCUGUACACGGAGACGGGGGAGCAGUGUGACUGUGGGCUGCUGGAGGAGUGUGAGGACCUCUGCUGUAACGCCUCCACCUGCCAGCUGGUUCCUGGAGCUCAGUGUUCAUCAGACGGCAUCUGUUGUCAUGACUGCAAGCUCCGGGCUGCUGGUUCCGUGUGCCGUAAUUCUCUCGGCGAGUGCGACCUCCCGGAGUUCUGCACAGGCUCCGCCCCCUACUGCCCCCCCAACGUGUUCCUGCACAACGGGCAGCGCUGUGAGGCCGACGCCUCCUUCUGCUACGAGGGCGUCUGCGUGAGCAUGCAGGCCCAGUGCCAGAGGCUGUGGGGGCCCAAUGCCACCAGAGCUCCACCCGUCUGCUUCUCAUCGGUCAACAAACAAGGAAACAAAUAUGGAAACUGUGGUCAGCUGACCAACGGCUCCUACACCCCCUGUGGGGACUCUGACGUCCACUGUGGGCGUGUCCAGUGUCGGGGGGGCAGUGAGCGCCCCCUGCUGGGCACCAACGCAGAGAUCCUCACCACCAAGGUCCGCCUCAACCACAGCGACCUGGUCUGCAGGGGGACCUUCUUCCACCUGGGGGACGACGUGUUGGACCCGGCCACCGUGGCCCCGGGCACCGCCUGCGGCCCCGGCAAGGCGUGUUUGAACCAGAAGUGUCAGAACGCCUCCGUGUUCGGGGUGGAGGACUGUCACAGGAAGUGCACCGGCCACGGGGUGUGUAACAGUAAUCAGAACUGUCACUGUGAGGUGGGUUGGGCUCCUCCUGACUGCAGGUACUCGGGUCACGGAGGCAGUGUGGACAGUGGACCGGCCCGAGCUGGAGGCUCCGACCCGGUCCGAGUGGCCCUGCUCGUCCUCUUCCUCUUCAUCCUGCCCGUGCUGCUCCUCUUCCUCACGCUGAGCUUCCCACGCGUCCGCCAGAAGUUCUUUUGUCUGGGAACCACCGAGGGCCGUGUGCACAAGAGCCGGACGCCGGUGACGGAGCGAGAGGACGGGCGGAACGGGGAGCAGGUCCGCCCCCUGAGGUACCACCUGAACCCCCCCACUGACAUCCCGCUGACUCCGCCCCCCAAGGAGGUUCAUGACAGACCUGCUCCUCCCACUAAGCCACUCCCCCCCGACCCCGCCUUAAAACCCCCGCCGCAGCUGCUGGGGAGUCGACCAGCUCCGCCCAACAAGCCCCUCCCCCUCGAUCCCCUCACACCUGGACAGGCUCCUGCUCCGUCCAAACCGGUGGUGGCCAUGAAGCCCCGCCUCCUGCCCCCGCCCCCCCACCCCGGCUUCAGCGCGGCCACCAAGACACCACAACACAGAGCCGUCGCCCCGGCAACCGGCCGCUGCAGUGAUGAAAACCAGAAGAACAGGAACAGACGCCUCGCCGUGAAGCCCUCGAGCCCCCAGAGGGCCUCUCCGAGCCGCUGGUGAAGAAGAGGAUGAUGAAGAGGACCACUUCAUACGCACUCGGCCGUCGGAUUCUUUCUUCAAACUCGGACUGUAAAUAAAUGGCAACGUGCCUUGCUCAGCAGCACCGGCAGUCGUAGUGCGGACACUCGGGAAUCGAACCUCUGACCGACGGCUGCUUCAAUGUGUCAUGUUCAGAGCCCCCAGCGAGGGUUCAGUGCCUUGCUCAAGGGCCCAGAGACGGGGAUCCAGCCUGUGAUCAAAGUAUUAUUAGCGACAGGACCCGUUCCUACAGGACCCUCUAGAGGACCCUUACCGUGAGGACCCUCUACAGGACCCUUACCUUGAGGACCCUCUACAGUACCCAUUCCUUCAGGACCCUUACCUUGAGGACCCUCUACAGGACCUUUACCUUGAGGACCAUCUACAGGACCCUCUACAGGACCUUUACCUUGUGGACCCUCUACAGUACCCGUUCCUUCAGGACCCUCUAGAGGACCCUCUACAGGACCUUUACCUUGUGGACCCUCUACAGUACCCAUUCCUUCAGGACCCUCUAGAGGGCCCUCUACAGGACCCUUACCUUGAGGACCCUCUACAGUACCCGUUCCUUCAGGACCCUCUAGAGGACCCUCACCUUGAGGACCCUCUACAGUACCCAUUCCUUCAGGACCCUCUAGAGGACCCUCUACAGGACCCUUACCUUGAGGACCCUCUACAGGACCCUUACCUUGAGGACCCUCUACAGGGUUUCAACUCUCGAGAUGAGGAUCCAGACUUGGAGGAUCAAAGGCCGUUCACGAUGUGUUCAGGGACACCACCUGACAGUUUGUGGAAAUAUUUAAAUUGUUUAUUAUGACUUUAUCAUUUAAGUAUUAUAUAUUAUAUAUAUAUAUCAAAUAUAUUAUAUACGCUGUCGAAUAUAUUUUUAUGGAAGAUAUGAGGACUUUGUUUUGAAAUGUGAUUAUAUUUUUGAAAUUUUACAACUGUUAAAAUAAUUUUAUAAUGUUAAUUUGACUCUAGACAUCGCACUCUAGACAUCUCACUCUCUUAACAUCUCACUCUAGACAUCUCACUCUAGACAUCUCACUCUAGACAUCUCACUCUCUAGACAUCGCACUCUAGACAUCUCACUCUCGAGACAUCUCACUCUAGACAUCUCACUCUAGACAUCUCACUCUCUAGACAUCUCACUCUAGACAUCUCACUCUCUAGACAUCUCACUCUAGACAUCGCACUCUCGAGACAUCUCACUCUAGACAUCUCACUCUAGACAUCUCACUCUCUAGACAUCGCACUCUAGACAUCGCACUCUCGAGACAUCUCACUCUCUAGACAUCUCAAUCUAGACAUCUCACUCUAGACAUCGCACUCUCGAGACAUCUCACUCUAGACAUCUCACUCUAGACAUCUCACUCUCUAGACAUCUCACUCUAGACAUCUCACUCUCUAGACAUCUCACUCUAGACAUCGCACUCUCUAGACAUCUCACUCUAGACAUCUCACUCUCUAGACAUCUCACUCUAGACAUCGCACUCUCGAGACAUCUCACUCUCUAGAGAGCUCACUCUCUAGACAUCUCACUCUAGACAUCUCACUCUCUAGACAUCUCACUCUAGACAUCUCACUCUCUAGACAUCUCACUCUCUAGACAUCUCACUCUCUGAACAUCUCACUCUAGACAUCUCACUCUAUGAACAUCUCACUCUAGACAUCUCACUCUCUAGACAUCUCACUCUCUUGACAUCUCACUCUAAACAUCUCACUCUCUAGACAUCUCACUCUCUUAACAUCUCACUCUCUAGACAUCUCACUCUCUGAAAAUCUCACUCUAGACAUCUCACUCUCUAGACAUCUCACUCUAGACAUCUGACUCUAAACAUCUCACUCUCUAGCCAUCUCACUCUAGCCAUCUCACUCUCUGAAAAUCUCACUCUAGACAUCUCACUCUCUUAACAUCUCACAAUCUGAAAUCUCACUCUCUGAACAUCUCACUCUCUCAACAUCUCACUCUCUGAACAUCUCACUCUAGACAUUUCACUCUCUAGACAUCUCACUCUCUAGACAUCUCACUCUCUGAACAUCUCACUCUCUCAACAUCUCACUCUCUGAACAUCUCACUCUAGACAUCUCACUCUCUGAACAUCUCACUCUCUAGACAUCUCACUCUGAACAUCUCACUCUCUAAACAUCUCACUCUGAACAUCUCACUCUAGACAUCUCACUCUCUGAACAUCUCACUCUAGACAUCUCACUCUGAACAUCUCACUCUCUAAACAUCUCACUCUCUAAACAUCUCACUCUCUAGACAUCUCACUCUCUAGACAUCUCACUCUCUAAACAUCUCACUCUAGACAUCUCACUCUAGACAUCUCACUCUCUAGACAUCUCACUCUCUGAACAUCUCACUCUCUGAACAUCUCACUCUCUAGACAUCUCACUCUAAACAUCUCACUCUCUGAACAUCUCACUCUCUAAACAUCUCACUCUAGACAUCUCACUCUCUAGACAUCUCACUCUCUAGACAUCUCACUCUCUGAACAUCUCACUCUCUAAACAUCUCACUCUAGACAUCGCACUCUAGACAUCUCACUCUCUGAACAGCUCACUCUCUGAACAUCUCACUCUCUAGACAUCUCACUCUCUAGACAUCUCACUCUCUAAACAUCUCACUCUCUGAACAUCUCACUCUCUAAACAUCUCACUCUAGACAUCGCACUCUAGACAUCUCACUCUCUGAACAGCUCACUCUCUGAACAGCUCACUCUCUAGACAUCUCACUCUCUGAACAUCUCACUCUCUAAACAUCUCACUCUCUGAACAUCUCACACUCUAAACAUCUCACUCUAGACAUCUCACUCUCUAAACAUCUCACUCUCUAGACAUCUCACUCUCUGAACAUCUCACUCUGAACAUUUCACUCUCUAAACAUCUCACUCUCUAGACCUUUAUGAUGUUCGAGGUAAUAUAUAUUUUCUGUACUUUAGUUUUUAAUAAAUACCAAACUGUGGAACAGGA